AUGGAAGGUCGAUGUUUGUCAUUUCAAGUACGCAGAUACGCCGGAGAAUACGGGUUUGUAAUCGAGGGAAUAUCACUCAACCCGAUAAAAGGAGGCGGUUUCGCAGCGAUGUAUGGACCUGACGGGAAGCAACGAGAGGAGAGGAUUUUGACUGCUGAUAUUGACCUAGACGAUCCGCUUGUGGCGAAGUUGAGUGUGGAUCCUGUUGGGCAUUGCUUCCGACCGGAUUUCAUCUCCCACCCCAGCUGUAAAUCGGAAUCCGCUGGUGAAAGAGAGCGGGAAAAGGAAUGA